AUGCAUCGCCCCGGGAGACUCGCGUGGGCCGAGAGGGAGGGGGGUCCUUGCGGGGCCGAAGGGGGCGCGGGCCGGACGGGAAGCGACGCCCCCUCUCGCUCCUCUUCGACGGGGCGGCUGAGGCAUGGGGGCACCCGAAGGCGCCAGGAGGAGGAGGAGGAGGCGGCGCCAGGGGGCGAAGCCCAGCAGCCCCUCCUCAGGGGGAUCUUCCGGAUCGGCAAGGAGAGCUGCGACGUGGUGCUGAGCGCCGAGAGGCUCAGCUGGACGCCCAUUCAGCCCGAGAGCCCCACAGGUGGUUCCGGCAUAGACUUGCAGUGUAAAGAGGAACAUGUUGAAAUGAAAGAUGUAUUUUCUGUAAAACUGAAACGUCGUCGUUUGGCUGGACAGCAGAAAGGUGGCUUUUUAUUGGGCAUUACACUAUUUGUCUGUCUGAAAAAAGAACAAAACAAACUUAAGGAUUCUGUUCUCAAUCUCAGUAACUUAAGCGAAGACCACUGUUACUUGUGGUUUAAAUAUUUUAAGGAAAUUUUGAAUGGUUUUUCAAACAGGCCAAAGUCAUUAAAAGUGUUUGUCAAUCCAAAUAGCCAUAAACGAGAGGCUGCGCGCAUUUAUUAUGAUCGAGUUGCACCUCUCUUUAAGCUCGCUGACAUCAGAACUGACCUUAUAGUGACUGAGUAUGAAGGACAUGCUCUUGCCUUGCUUAAGGAAUGUGAUCUGAAAUCCUUUAAUGGGGUGGUUUGUGUUGGUGGAGAUGGGACUGCCAGUGAGGUGGCUCAUGGUAUUUUGCUUAGAGCCCAGAUAGAUGCUGGGUGGGACAGUGAUGAUAUUCUUGAACCAGUAAAAGCACAAGUUCCUCUUGGAAUAAUACCAGCAGGUUCCACAAAUAUUUUGGCGCAUACUCUGAAUGGAGUUCAACACAUAACAACUGCAGCAUUGAACAUAAUCCUGGGACAUCUUCAACCAGUAGACAUAUGUUCUUUCAGUAGUCCGACCAAACUGCUUCGCUUUGGUUUCUCUGCUAUGUUUGGUUUUGGAUCAAGGACUCUCGCUUUUGCUGAAAAGCAUCGAUGGAUGCCUUCAGAUCAGCGGAAAAAUUUUGCUGUGAUCAAGACACUGGCAAGCCUGAAACCCGAAGAUUGUGAAUUAUCAUUCUUGCCUUUGAUGUACUCUGAUGAGUUUCAGGCUAGGGUUCAAGGAAAAUCCUGUGCAGACUGCCAGGAUCAGUGGGACAGGAUCCAGGGUCACUUCCUGAACGUGAGCAUUAUGGCAAUCCCUUGUCUAUGUUCAAUGGCACCAAGAGGCUUGGCUCCUAAUACCAGAUUGAAUGAUGGAAGCAUAGCUCUUAUUGUUGUCCGGAACACUUCUCGCCCACAAUUUGUUAAACACCUGAAAAGAUAUGCAGGCAUAAAAAACCAGUUUAGCUUUCCCUUUGUUGAGACGUACACUGUUGAGGCAGUAGAAGUUCAUCUGAGAACUAGAAAGGACUGUGUCAGUGAAGAAAAUGUGGAGUCUGCGGAAGAGACCUACCCUUGGAAUAUAGAUGGUGAUUUAAUGGAAUGGACAUCGGAAAUUCUUGUCAGGGUACAUCCUGCAUUAAUUUGUCUGUAUGGAGGAAAUGCUGAUACAGUAGAUAAUCUAAAAGGUUGUCUUUAG